GUUGAUGUUUAGGAACUCGGCAUAAGAAGAACAACCCUGAAAGAGGGAAAAGCAGAAGAAUUAGCAAAUUCAUUUUUGUCAAUAUCAUAAAAUCGAAACCCUAAUUGUUCCUAUAAUUCAUCAAAUUUUGUUACUUCAGGUUCACCACUAUUGCUAAUUGUUCCUAUAAUUCAUCAAAUUUUGUUACUUCAGGUUCACCACUAUUGCCGAUCCACAGGUCAUUUCCCUCCCAAUUCAACAGAUCUGUCUAUAUGCCAUAAAUUCAACUCUGAAUUAUCAAUAUGGAAGAUUACGGAGAAGAAUUACGAACUCCACCAGUUUCAUUAGUCUCACUUGUAGGAUUACCGGAACUUCAUUCUACAAUAUCAACUUAUCUUCAUUCUGAACAACCACCGGUUAAUACAUUAGCAUUACCUGAUUUUUCUAAGAUCUCUAUAAUAUCAAAGACUCGGAAAGAAACCCUAGAUUCAUCUACUCAUCAUCCAGGUGGAAUUUUGAAAAAGGAUUGGUUAUUAAAACAUAGAACUAAAAUUCCUAGCGUCGUUGCUGCUUUAUUUGGUUCUGAUCAUGUUUUUGGAGAUCCUACUCAGUGGAUGCAAGUCUGCACCGAUCUAGAUAACUUAAAAGCUGCUGUCCGCGCUAGGAACAUCAAACUAAUAGUGGUGAUUGUUCAGUCUAGUGUAAAAGUUUUCAAUGCAGAUGAAGCCAGCGAAGAUCGUAUGACUGCUCUGAGGAAACGUGCUGAAAUUGACUCCAAGUACCUUCUUACCUUUGCGCAGAAUGAUUCUUCGGAACUAAAGGAAUCUCUUAACAGGCUGGGGAGCAUAUUUGCUGAAUUAGCAUAUACAUAUUACAGGGAUGAAGGACGAAGGAUUAAAACACGCAUCGAAAAGAAGAACAUCAACUUUAUGGAGUUGAAUGUCCGAUACUGUUUUAAGGUUGCUGUAUACGCAGAGUUUCGGAGAGACUGGGUUGAGGCUUUGAGAUUUUAUGAAGAGGCAUAUCAUACUUUAAGAGAGAUGAUCGGCGUGUCAACAAGGCUGCCCCCGGUUCAACGUCUAGUUGAGAUAAAAACUGUUGCAGAGCAAUUGCAUUUUAAGGUAUCAACCUUGUUGUUGCAUGGUGGAAAGGUCUUAGAAGCUAUGACAUGGUUCAAGAAACACAUUGCAUGCUACAAAAAGCUCAUCGGAGCACCAGAAGUGGUAUUUCUUCAUUGGGAAUGGGUGAGCAGACAGUUUUUAGUAUUUGCACAAUUGCUGGAGACUUGCUCUGCUUCCAUUCCAAACACUGCCUCUUUCCCACCUGGCAUGCUGGAGAGAAGUUUGACUGAAUGGGAAUUCUAUCCAGCUUACUAUUAUCAGCUGGCUGCUCACUACUUGAGAGAGAAGAGAUUUUGUCUCGAGCUUGCUUUAUCUGCACCGGAAACUUCUGCAGUUUCCACAGGGAAGGAAAUUACAAGUGGUUCUGAAUCUGUGAUUCCAUCUGUUUAUGUGGGUCAAUAUGCUCGUUUACUUGAACAAGGGGAUGCGCUUGAGAUGCAUCUUGCUGAUACAGAGUACGUCCUCUAUGCCCUUGCAGAAGGAAAGAGAUUUCAGGAUUCCUAUGAAAUUAUUGCUUUGUUCAAAAAGUCAUCUGAAUCAUACAGUAGCUUGAAAGCUCAAAGAAUGGCAUGCUGCUGCCGUAAUCUGAUGGCCAUAGAAUACUUUGCAGUCAGUGACUUUAGUAACGCAAAACAGCUUUUUGAUGGGGUCGCGAGUUACUACAGGCAAGAGGGUUGGGUGACGUUGCUCUGGGAGGCCCUGGGUUACAUGAGAGAGUGCUCAAGGAGACUGAAAUCAGUGAAAGAUUUCAUCGAGUACUCUUUUGAAAUGGCUGCUCUGCCUGUGGCAUCUGGCAAUGAGACUCAAUCUUCGGAGGGCAAAGGAAAAUGUGGCCCCACAUGUCCCGCUACUCUUGCACAGAGAGAAAUGAUACACAACGAAGUUAUUGGGCUUGUGAAAGGAGCUCCUCUUCCAUCAAGUAAUCUCGAAGUAACCGUGGAUCAACCCCUUCAUCUCGAGAUCGAUCUUGUUAGCCCCCUUAGAGCUGUGCUUCUUGCUUCUGUUGCUUUUCACGACACAGUGGUUAAGCCUGGUUCAUCUACCUUAUUUACAUUGUCACUUCUUUCACAACUGCCUCAUCCUGUUGAGAUUGAUCAGCUGGAAAUUCAGUUUAAUCAGCCCACAUGUAACUUCACAAUAACAAAUGCUCAAAAGCCACAGGCAGGAUCAACUUCUAGCGAACAGGUUUCCCGUACAGAGAUUGCUCCAGCACUGGCUCUAAUUACUAAUAAGUGGCUACGGUUGACAUAUGACAUCAAAUCUGAACAAAGUGGAAAGCUGGAAUGUGUUUCUGUGACAGCAAGGAUGGGUCCCCACUUUAGUAUCUGUUGUCGAGCAGAAAGUCCUGCCUCAAUGGAAGAUUUGCCUCUUUGGAAGUUUGAGGACCGUGUGGAGACCUUCCCUACAAAGGAUCCCGCUCUUGCAUUCUCAGGUCAGAAAGUUAUCCAGGUCGAGGAACUGGACCCACAAGUUGAUCUUCUCUUAGAAGCUACUGGCUCUGCGUUAGUGGGAGAGAGGUUCAUGGUUCCUGUUACUGUGGUCUCUAAGAGUCACGCAGUACAUUCUGCCGAAUUGAAAAUAAACCUAGUAGAUGCAAGAGGGGGUGGCUUGGUUAGUCCACGGGAAACCGAGCCAUCUUCUAUGGAUAGUCACCAUGUGCAACUUCUUAAUGUUUGGGGACCAAAUGGAGAAGAUGAGACUCAAAUGGGGCCAGACGAGAUAAGGAAUAUUCAGCAAUCUUUUGGGUUGCUUUCAGUUCCAUUCCUGAGCAUCGGAGAGUCCUGGUCAUGCAAAUUAGAAAUUAAAUGGCACAAACCGAAACCUGUGAUGCUGUAUGUGUCCUUGGGAUACUUGUCAAAUGACAAUGAAGCUUCUGCAAAUAAGGUCAAUAUCCAUAAAAGCCUGCAAAUUGAAGGAAAAACUGCUUUUGCAAUUGGUCACCAGCUCAUGCUUCCAUUCCAUCGUGACCCAUUAUUGCUCACUAAGAUAAAGGCAGCUCCUGGUCCAGAUCAGUUGGCAACCUUAGCUUUUAAAGAAAAAAAUAUCCUUAUUGUAAGUGCGAAGAACUGUGCCGAGAUCCCUUUGCAAUUGGUGUCCAUUUCCAUCGAAGCGGGCAAAGAUGAGAUUGAUCAGUCAUGCACAGUGCAACAGGGAUGUGGGAGCAGCCCCAAGGACCUUCCUCUUCUCGUGCCAGGUGAAGAAUUCAAGCAUGUCUUCUCUGUUAUUCCGGAGGUGGACUCUCCAAAACUCUCAUUGGGAGAAGUAUGUCUUACAUGGAUGAGGGAAUCCAAUUUAGAAGAACAAUCACCUGUUUCCAGCACAACAGGAGUAGAAGCGGGGGUUCUGACCAGACACAAGCUCCCUGAUGUAAAUGUGGAAUUGGCACCAUUAGUCGUUAGUUUGGAGUGUCCUCCUCAUGGCAUCCUUGGAGAUCCCUUAACAUGCUGUGUGAGAAUACAGAAUCAGACAAAGUUGCUACAAGAAAUCAAGUACUCAUUGGCAGAUUCCCAAAGCUUUCUGUUAUCUGGAUCUCAUAAUGACACCAUAUUUAUCCUGCCAAAAUCUGAGCAUAUCCUAACUUACAGGCUUGUCCCUCUGUCCUCUGGCCCACAGCAGCUGCCAAGGGUUACUGUGACUUCUGUUAGGUAUUCUGCUGCUCUUCAUCCAUCUGUUACUGCAUUGACUGUCUUCAUCUUCCCGUCUAAGCCUCAUCUCAAAAUGGAUAGCGAGGCAACUAGAAAAACAGAGCUCAUUGCCACAUCGUAAAUUUCAUGUGCGAAUUGUUUCAAGUAUAGAAGAUACUGGUGAACUUCGUCGAGGUGCUUGAACUGGUGACCCUCUUCCUUUGUUUCGCGUUGGCUUUCACUGGAUAAGAACACUUGACGCUUACAAGCACAUCAGUAACAACAUAGUUGGUGCGGUAAUUUGCCGUAUCUGUGUCUUCGGACCCAUCAACUGUAAGAAAAUUGCUGCGAUUAGCCUUUUCCUGAGUGCUUAAAGUUUCGCCUAGGGUAAACAUAAUUUUGAUCCUAAGAAGGUUUGGAUGGUCUCAAAAAGGUGUGGUGGAAUCCUCUGUAUGAAAUAUCACCGGCAAUGGUAUUGAAUAGAAAUGUAAUGCAAUAUGAGCAGUUACAAAGCGUGCUGGACUGAACAGAAACUAUAAUGCAUUAUAAUGUGGAAAAUCUUUGAUUCUUUAGCUCAUAUUUUCAAAACUUCUAUUAAAGCUUAUCUUUCUU